AUGGAACUCAAAUCGGACGGCAGCACUCUGACCGUGGAGAACCUUGACCAGCCAAUCAGCAUCUUUGUUCCUGUGACAGAUGGUACAGCUCAACCAAUCAACAUGACUGUUACAAAAGAUGGGCUAAGCAUGGUGAACUUUGAGGUUACUGAUGAUGAGUCCACUGUGGUUCUGUAUCUGGAGUUUGAUAACAGUAGCUUUACUGAUGUGGAUAAGGAAGAGGAAGAUGCUAUGUUGAUAGUGAGCCUGAUGCAGAACUCAAGUCAGAGUGACUUAACUCAGAACACAUCCAGCUGGGAAGUCUUGAAGGUGUUCCAAAUCCCAAUAAGAAACCUCAGCUCAACCUCUGGGCAUUACUUGCUGUCUGCUUCUGUGCCUCACCUCAACCUCUCCUCCUCCUCCUCCUCCUCCCUGUCUGCUGUCUUCUCCCUGAACUCUACCAGCCUCUCAGCUCUGCCUGUGCUACGCGUGUCUAACUUCCAGUCCCGCUGCUUGUACUGGGACCAGGCUGCUGAGCACUGGGAGGGUAAUGGCUGCCAGGUGGGUCCCCUCACCAAUCCCUCUCUGACUCACUGCCAGUGUUCUCACCUCACGGCAUUCGCCAGCGGCUGGCUCAUCAUGCCCAACACCUUCAACUUCCUGGAGACCGUUGCCAAGUUUGCCCAGCUGUCCGAGAACCCCGUGGUCACCAUAUUUGUCGCCAGCAUCCUUGGCGUCUAUCUCCUUCUGCUGCUCUGGGCACGGAGGAUUGAUAGAAACAACAAGGAGAAGGCCAUGGUGAUCAGUCUUCCAGACAAUGACCCCCUAGCAACCUAUACCUACACAGUCAGUGUGUUCACUGGGAGUAGAAGAGGAUCUGGAACUUCAGCCAAUAUCACUAUAACUCUCAUAGGCAGUAAUGGUGAAAGUGACCCCCACCUGCUGUCCAGCCCUCAACGAUCUAAAAUAUUCGGACAGCGCGGAGCUGUGGACUUCUUCAUCAUCAAAACUGCAGCAAGUCUUGGGGAAGUUAAGAAAAUAAGACUGUGGCAUGAUAAUUCAGGGAGUGACCCAGCAUGGUUUUUGAGCAGAGUUGUCAUCCAUGAUUUGAAGGCAGAUCAGAAGUUUUAUUUUAUCUGUCACAGCUGGCUGGCUGUGGAUCUAGGAGACGGCCAGGUCGACCAGGUUUUCAGCAAUGCCACCGACGACGACAUCAGAAAUUUCACACAUCUCUUUAUAAGUAAGACAAAGAUUGGUCUGACAGAUGGUCAUCUUUGGUUCUCCAUCUUUGCGCGACCCACAAUCAGUCAUUUCACCUGUGUUCANAUUGGUGGACCUAUCUCUGCCUAUUGA